AUGUUGUACCAGAACAUGAGACGAGCCAAUCCUCCUCCUCUUGUGGUGAACGCCGACAGCACAGAGGCUCCUCCUUAUGGAACGGAACGAGCCCUCAGACCCUCACAGUCCUCAGACCCUCACAGUCCUCAGACCCUCACAGUCCUCAGACCCUCACAGUCCUCGGACCCUCACUGUCCUCAGACCCUCACUGUCCUCAGACCCUCACUGUCCUCAGACCCUCACUGUCCUCGGACCCUCACUGUCCUCGGACCCUCACUGUCCUCAGACCCUCACUGUCCUCAGACCCUCACAGUCCCAGACCCUCAGUGUCCUCAGACCCUCACUGUCCUCAGACCCUCACUGUCCUCAGACCCUCACUGUCCUCAGACCCUCACUGUCCUCAGACCCUCAGUGUCCUCAGACCACCACUGUCCUCAGACCCUCACUGUCCUCAGACCCUCACUGUCCUCAGACCCUCACUGUCCUCAGACCCUCACUGUCCUCAGACCCCCACUGUCCUCAGACCCUCACUGUCCUCAGACCCUCACUGUCCUCAGACCCUCACGGUCCUCGGACCCUCACUGUCCUCGGACCCUCACUGUCCUCAGACCCUCACUGUCCUCAGACCCUCACUGUCCUCAGACCCUCACUGUCCUCAGACCCUCACGGUCCUCGGACCCUCACUGUCCUCGGACCCUCACUGUCCUCGGACCCUCACUGUCCUCGCCCCCUCACUGUCCUCGGACCCUCACUGUCCUCGGACCCUCACUGUCCUCGGACCCUCACUGUCCUCGGACCCUCACUGUCCUCGGACCCUCACUGUCCUCGGACCCUCACUGUCCUCAGACACCCACUGUCCUCAGACCCUCACUGUCCUCAGACCCUCACUGUCCUCGGACCCUCACUGUCCUCAGACCCUCACUGUCCUCAGACACCCACUGUCCUCAGACCCUCACUGUCCUCGGACCCUCACUGUCCUCGGACCCUCACUGUCCUCGGACCCUCACUGUCCUCAGACCCUCACUGUCCUCGGACCCUCACUGUCCUCAGACCCUCACUGUCCUCGGACCCUCACUGUCCUCGGACCCUCACUGUCCUCAGACCCUCACUGUCCUCGGACCCUCACUGUCCUCAGACCCUCACUGUCUUCAGCCCCUCACUGUCCUCAGACCCUCACUGUCCUCAGACCCUCACUGUCCUCAGACACCCACUGUCCUCAGACCCUCACUGUCCUCAGACCCUCACUGUCCUCGGACCCUCACUGUCCUCAGACCCUCACUGUCCUCGGACCCUCACUGUCCUCAGAUACUCACUGUGAACGGCACAGAAGCAGACUAUGAGUACGAGGAGAUCACACUGGAGCGGGUGAGUUAUGGGAAUCUCUCCUCUCUCCUCACCCGUCUCCUUUCCUCCCUCCUCCUCUCCCUCCUUAUGGUCUCCCUCCUCUCUGCCUUCUCCUCUCCUCAUUCCCCCCCCUCUCCCUCCUCCUCCACCAUGUUGCCUCCCUCCCAUCUCUCCUCUCCUUCCCCUUGCUCUCCCACAUGCCCUCUCACCUCUCUCUCCCCUCUCCUUCCCUCCUCCUCCUGCUCCUCCUGCAUGGCCUAUCCUCUCUCCCCUCUCUCAUCUCCCCUCUCCCCCCUGCUCCUCCUCCUGUAUGGCCUCUCCUCCUCUUCUCUCCCCUCUCCCCCCCUGCUCCUCCUCCUGUAUGGCCUCUCCUCCUCUCCUCUCCCCUCUCCCCUCUCCCCCCCUGCUCCUCCUCCUGCAUGGCCUAUCCUCUCUCCCCUCUCUCCUCUCUCCUCUACCCCCCUGCUCCUCCUCCUGCAUGGCCUAUCCUCUCUCCCCUCUCUCCUCUCCCCUCUCUCCUCUCCCCUCUCGCCCCCUGCUCCUCCUCCUGCAUGGCCUAUCCUCUCUCCCCUCUCUCCUCUCUCCUCUACCCCCCUGCUCCUCCUCCUGCAUGGCCUAUCCUCUCUCCCCUCUCUCCUCUCCCCUCUCCCCCCCUGCUCCUCCUCCUGCAUGGCCUAUCCUCUCUCCCCUCUCUCCUCUCCCCUCUCCCCCCCUGCUCCUCUGACCGCAGGCGCUGUCCUCUUCCUCUUAGUCUCUUUUCUCUCUGACCUGGAUCUGUCUGCUUCAGUGGCUUCACUCACGCUCUGCACACGACCUGAGAGCUCUCCUCUCACUCACCAGUCGCCUCCUCGAUACUCAGAGCUCAGAGGAGCAGAGAGGAGCAGAGAGGAGAGAGAGGAGCAGAGAGGGGCAGACAGGAGCAGAGAGGAGAGGAGCAGAGGAAACUCUGGUCUGGGCUUCAGUAUUGCAGGAGGCACAGACAACCCUCACAUCGGAGACGACCCGUCCAUCUUCAUCACAAAGAUCAUACCAGGAGGAGCCGCCGCACAGAACGGACGCCUACGGGUGAAUGACAGUAUAGUGCGUGUGAAUGAGGUGGACGUCCGCAGCGUGACCCACAGUGGAGCGGUGGAGGCGCUGAAGGAGGCGGGCGGCCUGGUGCGUCUGUGUGUGCGGCGCCGACGCAGCCUCAACGACCGCGUCCUGGACAUCAAGCUGGUCAAAGGGCCCAAAGGCCUGGGCUUCAGUAUCGCGGGGGGAGUGGGGAACCAACACGUCCCCGGAGACAACGGCAUCUAUGUGACCAAAGUGAUCGAGGGUGGAGCCGCACACAAGGACGGGAGGCUGCAGACGGGAGACAAACUGAUAGCGGUGAACAGCACAUGCCUGGAGGAGGUGAGUCAUGAGGAGGCAGUGGGAGCUCUGAAGUCCACUCCUGACGUGGUUUAUCUUCGCGUCUGCAAACACACUCCUGUCUUCAUCAACGACAGCUUUCCCCCUCCGGACGUCACCAACUCCUACUCGCCGCACCAGGAAAACCACGUCCACAGCCCGUACACCGGCGGCAGUCAGUCUGUAAGCCCCGCCCCCAUGACUACCCCACGCUACUCGCCGCUGCCACGCACCAUCACUGCGGACGAAGACUUAUGCAGAGACCCUCGCCGUGUGGUUCUACAGCGGGGUUCUACUGGUCUCGGCUUCAACAUUGUGGGCGGUGAGGACGGCGAGGGCAUCUUCAUCUCCUUCAUCCUCGCCGGGGGUCCUGCCGAUCUGUGCGGCGAGCUGCGCAAAGGAGACCGCAUCCUCUCCGUGAAUGGUGUGGACGUGUCGGGAGCGUCUCAUGAACAGGCAGCAGCAGCUCUGAAGAACGCAGGACACACUGUGACCAUCGUGGCCCAGUACAAGCCCCAGGCCUUGGAUUUGGGAUUUUUGUGGAGCCCUGGUCUUUGUGAAGCCGAAUACAGUCGGUUCGAGGCCAAGAUCCAUGACCUGAGGGAGCAGAUGAUGACCAGCAGCGUCAGCUCCAGCUCCAUGUCCCUGCGACCCAGCCACAAGAGGGCGCUCUACGUCAGAGCUCUCUUCGACCUGGACCCCGAGGAGCCGGACCCCAGUGCACCGGGGCAGAUCCUCCCCUUCCACUUCGGGGACAUCCUCCACGUGAGCAGCGCCGCGGAGGACGAGUGGUGGUCCGCACGCCACCUCAGCCCCCCCCCGGACUGUCCCGAGGUGGGGGUCAUCCCCAGCCGCCGCAGAGCGGAGAAAAAGGAGCGGUCGCGACUGAAGCCGGUCCGAGUGAUCAAGACGGACCAGCGAUCGGACCAGGAGGACAGAGAGCUGGUCACCUCAGGCACCAGCGAUAGUGGCAGUAGCUCCUGUCCAGACGAGUCCUUGCUCACGUACCAGCCCGUCACUCAACAGGAAGUGAACUACACGCGGCCGGUGAUCAUCCUGGGGCUCAUGAAAGACCGUGUGAACGACGACCUCAUCUCAGAGUUCCCCGACAAGUUCGGCUCCUGCGUCCCACACACCACGCGGCCGCGGCGUGAGUACGAGGUGGACUCUCGGGACUAUCACUUCAUGGCGUCUCGAGAACUGAUGGAGCGAGAGAUCCAGGAACACAAGUUCAUCGAGGCCGGACAAUACAACAACCACCUGUACGGGACGAGUGUGCAGUCAGUGCGGCAGGUGGCAGAGAAGGGAAAACACUGCAUCCUGGACGUCUCAGGGAACGCCAUCAAGAGACUGCAGCUCGCUGGACUUCACCCCAUCGCCAUCCUCAUCAAACCACUCAGCCUCGACAACAUCCUAGAGAUGAACCCGCGCCUCACGGAGGAGCAGGCGCGCAAGAUCUUUGACCGAGCCGUGAAACUGGAGCUGGAGUUCACCGAGUACUUCACCGGAGUCGUGCAGGGAUCCAGUCUGGAGGAGAUCUACGCACGCGUCAAACACAUCAUCGAGGAGCAGUCGGGGCCGUUCGUCUGGGUCCCGUCCAAAGAGCGGCUGCACACAAAGGUCACAGCGCGCAAUAACAAGGUGCGCAAGGACCAGAUGCGCAUGGACCAGGUGCGCAUGGACCAGGUGCGCAUGGACCAGGCUCGCACAGAGGUCACGGCGCACAGAAACCAGGAGCACACGGACCAUGGUUGGGACACUCUGGGCUCUCGAGUACCAGCAGCCGAAGCGUGUGUGGUUUAA